AUGCGGUACACAGAGAAACGCCUCUGGGCCCUGUCCCUAUCCCUAACCCUCUGUUCCCCAUCGCAAGCAUUCACCCUCAAUAAUACCAACACAACAGCCAACGCAAACUACAUCUUCAACUCAAUCCAGUCAACCCUCCGCCACUAUGAAUCAUCCAUCUACCCAAACGGCAUGUCCUUCUUCAUAGCCACCGUCGAAAAGGGAACACGCUUCUACCACGGCACCGGGACGCCAGACCCUAUCGUCGGCGUGGAAUGGUUAGCCUUUAAACCGGAGCAUUCGCUUGGUUUCGCGCAUCGUACACACGGACAGAAGGGAUUCAUGCACAAGAAUGACGAGCAUGACCAUCGAAACGAAGAUAGAAGUCAAGGUCAAGAUCAAGAUCAAGCUCCUCUUAGGAAUCCCCCUGUCCAUCCGCACGGAAACAAAAACACAAACGAAGACACAGACCCCGUCAACGCGGGCUACCUCCACACCUACGCCGCCGCAAAAGACCUCCGUCUCCUCUACAUAGACGGCAUGUCCGCCGGUCCAGGCGGCGCCCUCGAGUCCCAGGACCGCAUCCUCUUCAACGAUACCAUUUCCCAUCCGACGCCCGGCCCGCGUCCGCCUGUCGGUGGUCCGCCGGAGGAGAAGGAGCGCGCGUUCCAGACUUGUCGGAUGGUGAAGGAGGUUUGGGGGGAGAGGGUUGAUGGUAUUGCUCGUACCGAGGGCGAUUUUGAGAUUAUUCUUUGUUCGUUUGAGCGCGAUCUUGAGGUUGUGGCUAUUACGCAGACGAAGCCGCAGGUUGGUGGGGGGAGGAAGGGUGGGAGGAAGGGUCCCGGUGGUCCUCAUGGCCCUGGUGGCCCCGGUGGCCCUCGUGGGCGGCCACAGGGUGGUGAUUGUUGCUCGAUCGAUGCGCGGUAUGACCGGUUACUUGGGCAGAAAGUCCGUCUGGACUUCGAUCACUUCGUCACGGCGUAUGGAUACGACCUUGAUCUUUUCCCUGGGGAUUCGAAAAUUCCGUUGCUGGAUCAUAUUCCCAGUGAGGAGUUUGAGCCUGUUCGAUCGGACAUCAAUGAGAUGGUUAACACUCUUCGGCCGGUUGACUAUCCCUUUGAUUGGCAGGCUGUUGCUGAUAUGAUUGUUUUCCGGUACUCGGAUGAACUGCGGACUCUGGCAGCUGGCAAUUUCUCGUCGGUUGAUGUUCUUCGGGCGAGGAUUGAGGAUGUGUUGGAGCCUUUCAUUGAUUAUAGGGACUUUGGGGCCCGGGAGGAUAUUGUUGGGUUGUGUCGGAAUGAGUUUAUUCCUGCUUCUGCUCCUGCUCCUGCUGAGUCUCUUGCUGGCCAGGUUGUGUCUUCCAUUUCUCGGGAGGUCUGUGCUACUUUGGCAUCCGGGCUGUUGGAUGGGAAGGAUUUGGAUGAGACUGUGGAGAGUUUCAAGCAGCUUGUUUCGUUCUUGGGCUGGACUACGUGGAAGUAA